UUGGCUCUAACCUUACGGUCACCCUGAUUUCAUAAUGACUGGCAAGUGGCAUGACUAGUGCAUAUGUAUAGUGCACUGGUGUCACUCUUUCUUGUCUUGUUGAUGUUUUCUGAAUUAUUGUUUUCUGAAUUAUUGUAUGUUGGACCAUGGAGAUGGAAAGUAAAUACAUGUACACAUGUACAUAUAGGACAAGUACGCGGGUCGUGUGUGUUUGCUUCCGAGGCAGCCAUGGCAGCUUGCGGACAAUGGUGUACCAUGGAGGAAUCGGUACAGCAUGUCAUGGCAUUCAGCAUAUGCAUGUCACGGUUCGGGUUCCAUUGUCACCCAUUGGAUAAUGAGCAGGGGCGCUGGGCUGUCAAGUCAAACGUUUGUGCUUUUGCUGAACACGCAUGCCGCAUUGAUGUGGUUUUGACCUUGCAUGUUUUCCAGAAUUCUAGGACAUGAUGUAGGAACCUGGCAUCAAUUAAAAUGCUAAUGAGUGCACCUGCAAUAACCAUGAAGUUGGCCAUUGUUGACCAGCAUGCAAGCCCAUCUUAUGCUCAGUUCAAAGGUUUACACGCUACUAUAGUAAAGAAAACUAUAAGUCAUUUUUACUUCCAUGAUAGCGUCUUGUUGCAAUGGCAGCGUUAGUAGAUUGGUUCAUCAAAAAUAGAGAAAAUUUAGAUCCAGGUCUGGUAAGUGGCGACCCUGGAAAUGCUGACAUCGCUUGGUUAGAAAGUUCAGCUGAUCAGAUCAACUUUGAGAAAUUUGGAUUGAGGCCAACUGUAGAACAAGCACCUACUGUGCCACUGACAACUCAAGGUGCUUCUUCAACUGACAAGACGAGAGGCAGGAAGCGUGGUCGUCAAGCACUUGCAGACAAAUUUCCUGGAAUUGUGAACUCUGCAAGAUCUUUCAUAACCGACAAUGGUUUUGAAGCCCACCGGCGAAGAAGGUCUCAUGGAACAUGUGGCGUUUCUUUGAGUCAAGUGCGAGACCACCUCAUGACUGUUGUUCCACAACUGAAGGAAUCAAACACCAAACUAGACAAGAAGACCAUCAGCCACUGGUUUCAACCCCCUAACCGACGCUUCAAGGCAUCACAGAAGUAUGCGGGUUUGAUUGAUGCUAAGGUGCCCCCGAAAUCAAACAGCCGGUCUUCCCCAGAUGACAACGACCACUACUUCAGUGCACGGGUCCGAUACUGUUUGGAGAUGGCAGCCAAGUUUGACAAGUCAGCCACAGUCUUUUCCCUAGACAACAAAAAUAAGGUGAAGGUCGGGUCAAAGACACUUGCCGUUGACCGCCACCUACAGAUCUGCCGGAUUUUUCCUACCAACGAUGUCCCAAACUACUACGAUCAUGAUUUUCCGACCCCAGGAUAUCUGAUCACACCUGCUGGUUACCUGAGAUUGGAGCCACCUCAUCCCCCACAACUGACCGUAGACAAAAUUGGAAGAAAACAUUUUGAACUUCCAAAGACCAUAGGGAUGACUGUCAUCAACAGAGGACCAUCGGAGCCGUGCACCAUUGAGGCACAUGCCAAUGACCUCAUGGGAUUCUCAACGGAGUUGAAGGAUGAUGGGAAGACCAUCGUUGUCUUGAUUGUUGAUGGUGGUCCUGACUACAACGUAAACCACGAGACCAAGGAGGUGUACUAUUCCAGGAUCUUCAAGCAACUCAACCUGGAUGGGAUGAUCAUCACUUCGUACUGCCCUGGUUUUUCUAGGAGAAACCCCAUUGAGCAUGUCUGGUCACCCUUGACCAGAUUGCUUACUUCAGUCUACCUUGAUGACACCCUGCCGGGCGAAAACAAACCACCCUGCCAUCAAACAGAGUUGUCUGCAGGUGAACGCAAGCAGAAGGAGUACAAGGUUUUUGACAAGGCAAUGGACAACCUGGCUGGCUACUGGGAGAAUGCCACCUUCGCAGGUCAUCCAGUCAAGGUGCAGAACAUCCCAAGCGGGACUCCAAAUGCCCCCUUCAACGACUACGAUGAGGCUCGUGCGAUCAUCAAUGGAUCCUACUCAGGUCUCGUAAACAGCCCAGGUAUCAAAGCUGAGGUAGACUUUGCUCAUAUGCAUAUGGACAGACGCAUCGGCAUGCUCCUGUUUUCCAAAUGCCACAGUGAGUUAUGCGUACACUGCAACGAAAACCCCAUACGUGACAUCAGUGCUUGGGGUUGCAUCAGAACUUUCCCUUCUCCUGUACCUUCACCACACACCGAAGGCCACUUCAGAACAUUCCAUGAGGCACUUCAGACGGAGAGAUGUGCACCUGACGAGUACCUACCACGUUACAUCGAAGGUGGCUUAGGAAGAUGUGACAAGUGCCCCUUGCCGUAUGUGUAUACGUCAAAAACUAACAAAAUUAAUCACUUGAGAAAGGUCCAUCCAUUGCGAGUCUGAUUAUGUACAUUGAACAUGUAUUGAAAAUAACUAGUGGAACACACGCUAAAUAUUGUUAAACUGACUUGUUACACGUUUUGGGACUGGAGAUGCUGGAACAAUCAAAGAAAACCAACCAUGUUCUUGUAGUCUGAUUUACAGGAUGCUUUAUACUGUCAUUCAUUUAUACUGUUAUAAUUUGAUAAUUUCUUUUUUUGAUGUUGGCAAAUGUAUCUUCCUUUAAGAUACUUGUUGGAAAAAAAUCAUUCUCAUCUUCAAUAAAUGGGGAUUUAGGGAAGCAUGGAGUUACGGGCACAUGUCUUGCGAUAAUGUAAUAAAUGUUGAGAAUAUAUAUGUACAUGUAUAUCCAAGUACUCGAUACAUCUCUGUAGAGCUAUAAUCAUGCAAUAAAUUCAGAAUAUGAGCUAAUCAAACUUUGGCAUAUUUCUCUUCUGGACAGACUGUUUCGUACCAUAAGGCACUUAUCAGCAGAAUAUGUGUAUAUGUAUAUCUAUAUUUUUAUAUAAAUGUAUGGUUUGUUUUUGUGUAUAUAAAAUUUGAACAUGAAUAGUGAAUAUUUGAGAAUAAAAAAAAACAAAUCGUACAUACGUUA